AUGGAUCUGGGCUUUGCAGGAGCCCUGCCUCGGUGUGGGCGAACUCGCGCUGGCGAAGGCGCGAGAUCCGCGAGAUGCGGAAAGAGCGAGGAGUCGCUCUUUCCCCCGCCACGGCGUGCGCCGGCCUCGCGAUGGCCCUGCCCCUGGCCCUGGGCCCUGGCACUCGUCCCGCUCUCCGUCGCCGCCGGCCGCGGCGGCCGCGGCGCUCGUCGGCUCUCCAAGGUCACAGACUUCGUGGGAGUUACACGGCGCAGAAUCCGUGCUGCGGUGAGGCUUCGCAAAGCUUCACGGCGUGCCGCAGACGCGUCGGACGAGGGCGAAGUUGAGUCAACCGAUAUGAGUUUCCUCCAGAAGCUCAUUCAGAAGCAGAGGGAGGCAACAGAGAUAGGCAUAUGUACCGAAGACUGGCAUCCGGAUUUGUUUGAUGAUGUCCCUGAAGGUUACCGGGAUGCUCUCGAGGCCGGAAUUGACUUGGUAGACGUGCUCGCCAACGGCAAUGCUUUGAAGCUUUUGGCAUCUACGCCUCCAAAGGGAUCCACACCUCGAUUCUCAGUUCGCGUUGCGCCCAAACCGACAUUGGGCUUGGGCUAUAUAGUCCACAGAAGCGUGGUGCAGCACUAUACGGUUCUCAGCCCGCUUCAGCAAACCAUGAAGAGGCUGAAUGUCGGGGAGAUCGAGACCUUGACCAUACACAGCCUGGGUCAAGGACGAAUGCAUUUUCCCUUCUGGGUCUACGAUGCCGUUGUAGAGGCCUACCAGAAAGGGCUUUGCUCGCGGAUCGGUGUGAGCCACCCGAACGCAGACAUUAAGUCCGUUCUGCAGGCCCGUCAGGAGUUGGAGAGGCGGGGUGCCACGUUGUCCUGUGUCUUUGUCAAGCUGUCCUUGCUGCAGCGGGAGGCCACGCAGCUGGUCAAAGACUGCCGUGCUGAGGGUUUGCAGGUUUUCGCUACAGAAGUUCUCGGACCGGACGAGCUUGCGUCUGGGCGCUAUACUGCAGGCAAUCCCACAGGUGGUGAGAUUUGCGUCCCCCGAUUUACUCCAGCGCAGCUCAUGCCGCUCCGGCCGCUUCACGAUGCUUUGGAGGAAAUCGCACGGGGCUUGAGGUCACGCUGUGAGAAGCCAGAAAUCGACACCACGCAGGUAGCGAUGCAGUGGGUCAUCAGCAAAGGUGCAAGUCCACUUUGCGACGUCACGACCUCGAACAGUGCCAAAGCAGUUGCCGGAUGCAAAGGUCCGGACGGGUGGAAGUUGACACCUGAGGAAGAAGCACGGUCAGAGCCCAAUCACUCACGCUUCGUGCACGCACACACACGCACGCACGCACGCACGUGCGCGCACCCACCCACCCACCCACCCACCCACCCACCCACCCAUCCACUCCCCCCCUCCCCCCCGCCCACACACACACAUACAUACACACACACACACAUAUAUAUAUAUAUACACAUACACACACACACACACUUGCAUCAUCUGGGCAAUGCCGGUUGUCACUUCUUCUUUUGUUGUCUCAUAUGUCUCUGUUCAGCUUUCUUUGUCUUUUGUUAUUCUUUAUUAAGGAUACAUUUAUGA